GUAUAAAGCAGGGUGAUGACGGGGCUGGGCCCCAGUGCCUGGACCAUCAUGGAGGUUGCUCUUUGGGUGUGCCUAAGUUUUCUCUGCCUGCAGGGCAGCUUGCCCCAGCUCACACAUGGUGCAGACUGUACUGGGUCAUCACAGGAAAAUAACUGUGUCAGCGGGCAGACCACCGGAGGAAAGAAUGAAGGGCUUGUGCGCCUGAAGCCAUCUGCUGCAAGAAAGACCCAUAACCAGAAACAGCCACAGAUGUGGCUAGGUGACGACUUGCCAUCGGAUGUGCUAUUGGACAGACAGAAGAGACAGUUGGGGAGGAACUCCCUUCUUCCUGGGUCCUUCUCAGCCAAGGGCUUCCCCAACACACUCAUCAAAGUUCAGACAGAGCGGGCCAGGAGACACCUAGGCCAGUCGGGGACCAAGAAGAACAAGUAUAAAUCCAGAGUGGGAUCCUUCUCUCUCAUCAGGAACAACCCCACUGCCUCCCUACAGGUAACCAGAGUACGGAGGCAGGUGCAGAAUGAGAGGAAGAAGGUUAAGCCAAGAGGACGAGUCGGAGCGUAUUCCGUUGCGGGACUCGCCCCACCCCACAAAAUCUGCCCCCUCCCAUCUGAGUCAAUCAAUCUUCCAGGGACAGAGACGCAAGAGGAGCGCACGGAAGAAAAAAAAAGAAUAUGUGCUCCACAAAGCAUUUAAUUAAACGAGUGAUUUGCUGAAGCGCUACUGCUUUAAUGAACUGUACUUUAUAUAUUAUCUUCGUAAACAUAUUGGUUUUUACAUGUAUUUUAAAAUGUUACAUUAUAAUAUAUACGUAUAAUGGAAACACAUUGCUGAGGACAAGUAUACAGUAUCUUUGAGAGCCCCUUUAAUAUUGUCUUUUAUAAUCUGCUGAUUUACACAUUUUUUUGUUUUUUUACAGAAUUGUAUUUUUAAAAAGGUGAUUCUUUGGUAAUUCUGUGCAUAUAUCGGAUUCAAAUGUAGGAGGAUACGUCAUGAGAGCUUGCCGCAGCUUCUACAUCAGCAUUGCUUGCUGUUUGUACAGCGCUUUGUGACAUUGGCUGAUGUAAAAAGGGCUUUAUAAAUACAUUUGAUUGAUAAGUCUA